CACGGAAUCAUCCUGUAGUCGGUUUGGGCCAGGUGGCCUGGUUGUGUUCUCUCCCAGGAUCUUGCCCACUGAUACCUAGGGCUGGGAAUGCUGGGGACACAGCGCUGAUGUGGGAGCGGCAGCCAAAACACGGACGUGUUAGCGACCCUUCGCCGAGAGCCAGCACCGCGGGGGUGCCUUGGCGGCGGAGCUCCGCCCCAGCCCAGCCGGCACCCGGCGCUGCCUUUGACGUCGCUCCCGUCGCCCAUGCGGGGCCGGCUUGUACGGCGGCAAGGAGCGGGAUAGCGGCAUCCUGCAGCGGGAUCAAGGCGGCAUCCCGCAGCGGGAUCAAGGCGGCAUCCCGCAGCGGGAUCGCGGCAUCCCGCAGCGGGAUCAAGGCGGCAUCGCUGGCGGCGCGGCGCGGCCGAUGCCGCUGCCGGCCGGGGCCGUGCCUCGGGCGGUGGUCGUGCUCUCCUUCUCCGUCCUGCUGAGCGCCCGGGGCGCCGCCCCGCGCCGCUCCGCCCGCAGUAAUUUAUCUGCAAGCUGUUGGUCCCGCCUCCAUCCUGUAAACAUGUUCAACAGUUAUAAUUUGAAGUUCCACCACAGAAAAGCUCUCACCUCCCCGUAUCCAGGAUCACACAUUGAGCGUUACCAAGUUCCUGAAGAUAAAGUGGGCUGGCUGACUGAGUGGGAAGAUUAUAAUCCUGUGGAGUACACUGCAAAGUCUGUUUUGGCUGGACCCAAUUGGGCAGAUCCCCAAAUCAACGAUGAAGGUUUUUCUCCCAAAUUCAAUGAGAGAGAUGGAGAAGUGGAGAGGAAGAGUCUGAAUGGUUUGUAUGCGGUCGAAAAUGGGAGACCCCGCAAUCCAGCAGGAAGGACUGGCCUCACCGGCAGGGGAUUGUUGGGGCGCUGGGGACCAAACCAUGCUGCUGAUCCUAUUGUAACCAGGUGGAAAAGGGAUGGAAGUGGCAAUAAAGUUGCCCAUCCAGUUUCUGGCAAGAACGUCUUGCAGUUUGUAGCCAUCAAGAGGAGAGACUGUGGGGAAUGGGCCAUCCCAGGGGGGAUGGUGGACCCAGGGGAGAAGAUCACUGCUACCCUGAAGCGAGAAUUUGAAGAGGAGGCCUUGAACUCUCUGGAGAAAUCCCCUGAGGAGAAAGCAAAAUUGGAGAAGCAGCUCCAGAAGCUGUUCAGCCAGGAACACUUCGUGGUGUACAGAGGAUAUGUGGAUGACCCUCGUAACACUGAUAAUGCCUGGAUGGAGACAGAGGCUGUGAACUAUCAUGAUGAAACAGGUGAGACGAUGGAUAACGUGCCUCUGGAAGCAGGUGAUGAUGCUGGAGUGGUGAAGUGGGUUGACAUCAGUGAGAAGCUUAAGCUGUAUGCGAGUCACAGCUACUUCAUCAAGUUGGUGACCGAGAAAUGGGGAGCCCACUGGAGUGAGGAUCCUGCCUCUGAGUGCCACAAGUGAUGGAGACUGACAGACUGAGAGGAGAAUAUGUUUUCCAGCCUUGAAACAGAUGUCUUGUCAUCCUCAGUGAAAAUUGUGUGAAAUUCAGCUGGGAGAAAUGCUGGACAGUGAUAAACAUAGGCUUUUUGAGAGACUUCAGAUUGCUUCUUUUGAUUUCUUAGCUAGUGUGAAAUGAGAAGAAUGUGGAGCUCUUGCUUUGCUUUCUUGGCUUCAUUAUUUGCAGCUGUUUCAUAAUGUCUGCAGAUCUGCAUGGCAGCACUGGCAUUCUGACUGGUGGUAGUUCACAGGCUCUUUGUUUUUGCAUUGAUUUUUUUUCAGGAAUAUGAAUCCCUAAGGAAUGAGAGACUUGUAGGAUAACCUGAAUAAUGGCUUAAAUUAAGUGCUGCAUAAUAAAGUGAAAUUUCUUUUCUGAGUCAUUUCAUUUAACAUAACUCUGCAGGGAUUUUCUACUUUGAGAGAUUAGUUUUCAUAUUCAAUUACUUCUUAGUUUACAGUGUAUGGAUAUUCUCAGUUCAGUCAGAGAGAAAAGGUGAGAUAUUUCUACCAGGCUAAGCCUGAGAAAGAGUACGAAAGGAAUGUAAACAAUUAUUAUCUCUCUCUCUCUCUGUUCACAUUGUUUAUAGGUAUGUUCUGCUACACUGACCUAAGUCCAAGUGUACCAAUGGUGUGAAAGGUUUUCACUUUGAGACCAAUCAUAUUUCACCUUAGUGAUCCUGGUAAUAAAAGAGGAACACUACUUGUUAA